UUUCCCGGGAAUUGCCCCCGGCAGCCCCUGGACGCGCUGCACGAGAAGGGCCUGGCCGAGGACCCGCGUUACGGGACCAUGAAGGGGAUGGGGCUGCGCCCGGGGGGCCACGCGGGGAUGGGACCCCCCCCCAGCCCCAUGGACCAGCAUUCCCAAGGUCGGGAGCGCCGGGAGAGCCCCUGGGAGGGAGGGGGGGGGGGAAGAAUCCUGGGGAUUCAUUGUUCUGGGCUGAAAUCCCGGGGUUUUGGGGCGGGAGUUAAUUGUUCCAGGGGGUCUCCGGGAUCGAAUCCUGGGGGUUGGGGAGGAGCGGGGCCGGCGCCGCCCGGGUACUCCAGACCUCAUGGAAUGGGAGGGCCCAACAUGCCCCCGCCCGGCCCCUCAGGAGUUCCCCCCGGAAUGCCGGGACAGCCCCCCGGGGGCCCCCCCAAGCCCUGGCCGGAAGCGCCCGCCCUGCCCAUGCACCCCAAACAGAACCGCAUCACCCCCAUCCAGAAACCCCGCGGCCUCGACCCCGUCGAGAUCCUGCAGGAGAGGGAGUACAGGCUCCAGGCCCGGAUCGCCCACCGCAUCCAGGAGCUGGAGAACCUGCCCGGCUCCUUGGCCGGGGACCUGCGCACCAAGGCCACCAUCGAGCUCAAGGCCCUGCGGCUCCUCAACUUCCAGCGCCAGGUGAGCGCCGGCAACGCCCGGAUCCCUGGGAGCACCGGGAUCCCUGGGAACGCC